AAAAAGAAAAAGAAAAAAGCUAAAAGAAGACUAACGAAAAACACCGUUUUUUUACAACUAAAAACCAAACAAGAGAUAUCUAUCUAAACACAAAAAACACACACAUGUUUGCAGACAUAUAUUGAGGGACAAGAAUCUACCAAGCCUUGGUUUUUAUGUCCUUUAUUAUUCCACAAAGAUUUUGUAAUUGGGUGUUGAUUAUCUUGAUGAUAUAGUUAGUAGUUGCAUUAAUAAUGGGGAGAGGGAGGCCUAGGGCUGUAGAAUUAGGGCAAAAUACAAGUGCAUCCCCAAUUGGGUUAUUGAAUAUACCACCCGGGCCAGUGUAUUAUCCAACUGAGGAUGAAUUUAAGGACCCUUUAGGGUUUAUUUACAAGAUCAGGCCAGAGGCUGAGAAAUAUGGCAUUUGUAAAAUUAUCCCACCUAAGAGUUGGAAACCCCCUUUUGCAUUGGAUUUGAAUGCCUUCAUGUUUCCGACGAAAACGCAAGCGAUUCAUCAGUUACAGGCUCGGUGCGCGUCUUGCGAUCCGAAGACCUUUGAAUUAGAGUACUAUAGGUUCCUAGAGGAGCAUUGCGGGAAGAAGGCGGCGAAGAAACGUGUUGUGUUUGAGGGGGAGGAGCUUAAUUUGUGUAAGUUCUUUAAUUCCGUCAAGCGGCUCGGAGGGUACGAUAAAGUAGCUAAGGAAAAGAAGUGGGGCGAGGUUUUUAGGUUCGUACGACCUGCUGGGAAGAUUUCGGAGUGCGCCAAGCAUGUAUUAUGUCAGUUGUACCUGGAACAUUUGUGUGAUUAUGAAGAGUACUAUAAUAAGUUAAAUAAGAUGAGAAAUAAAAGUUACAGGAGAGGAAAUGGAAGUGAGAGAAAAAGGGAGUCAGACUCCCAAUUCUCGAGUUCAAAGAGAAGGAGAAAGAAUAGUGAGUGUGACCGAACUGAAACGUGUAAGGCGAAGGAGGAAGAACAUGAUCAAAUAUGUGAACAAUGCAAAAGUGGAUUGCACGGGGAGGUGAUGCUUCUCUGUGAUCGGUGCAAUAAAGGGUGGCAUAUUUACUGUUUAUCACCACCUCUGAAACAAAUUCCACCUGGGAACUGGUAUUGCUUGCAAUGCUUGAAUUCUGAAAAGGACAGCUUCGGUUUUGCACCCGGUAGAGACUUACCAUUGGACGCAUUUAGGCGCAUUGCUGAUCGUGCCAGGAAAAAAUGGCUUGGUUCCGCAUCUAUUUCACAAGUGGAAUUAGAAAAGAAGUUCUGGGAAAUUGUGGACGGAUCAGCUGGGGAGGUUGAAGUGAAGUAUGGCAGUGACUUGGAUACUUCCAUCUAUGGUAGUGGAUUUCCACGUGUAACCGACGAAAAACUAUCAUCAGUUGAACAAGGUACAUGGGAUGAAUAUAGUGCUAGCCCAUGGAAUCUCAAUAACUUACCCAAGUUGCCAGGUUCGAUGCUUCGAGCUGUACAUCAUAGCAUUGCUGGUGUUAUGGUGCCUUGGCUGUAUAUCGGAAUGCUAUUCUCCUCAUUCUGCUGGCAUUUUGAAGACCACUGCUUUUACUCCAUGAAUUAUCUUCACUGGGGAGAGCCGAAAUGUUGGUAUAGUGUUCCUGGAAAUGAAGCCCAAGCUUUUGAGAAGGUAAUGCGUAAUAGCCUUCCCGAUCUGUUUGAUGCGCAACCAGAUCUGCUAUUUCAGCUUGUAACCAUGCUGAAUCCACGUGUGUUGCAAGAAAAUGGGGUUCCUGUUUAUAAUGUAGUACAGGAGCCUGGGGACUUCAUUAUUACCUUUCCCAGAUCGUAUCACGGAGGCUUCAACUUCGGCUUAAAUUGUGCUGAGGCUGUCAAUUUUGCCCCUGCCGACUGGUUACCUCAUGGUGGAUUUGGAGCAGAUCUUUACCAGCUUUAUCGCAAACCUGCUGUUUUGUCUCAUGAAGAGCUGCUCUGUGCAGUAGCCAGGAGUGAAUUUGACAGCAAGGCAGCACCUUACUUAAAAACAGAACUGGCCAGGAUCUAUUCUAGAGAAAAGUCUUGGAGAGAGCGGCUUUGGAAAAAUGGCAUUGUUAAUUCUUCUGCCAUGCCGCCUCGUCGGAAGCCUGAAUAUGUGGGCACGGAGGAGGAUCCUACAUGCAUCAUAUGCCAGCAAUAUUUGUAUCUUUCUGCUGUAGUAUGCAGCUGUGCACCAUCAUCUUUUGUUUGUCUUGAGCACUGGGAACAUUUGUGUGAAUGUAAGCCACAAAAGCGUCGACUCCUUUAUCGUCAUACGCUGGCUGAAUUGAAUGAUUUGGUGUUUACUACUGAUAAGGGUAAUCAUGAAGAGGCUGCAAAAAACUUCAGAAAGCAACUUCUAUCUUCCAACGAUCCACCUGCUUUGUCAAAAAAGGUAAAAGGUGGAUGUAUCACACACGUGCAGCUUGCUGAAAAAUGGCUGAUGAAGUUCAGUAAGCUUUUUCAGGAUCCUUAUUCUUCAGAUGCUUAUCGUCGUGCAAUAAAGGAAGCCGAACAGUUUAUGUGGGCUGGUCAUGAAAUGGAUCCAGUAAGAGAGUUGGUGAAGAAGUUGAUUGAAGCUCAGAGUUGGGCUCAAAAUGUUAAGGACUGUCUCUCUAAAGUAAAAUCUUGGAUGUCUGAUCGCAGUAGUGAUGUAGUGAAGGUGCAGAUGGAAGUUGUUAACAGUUUGCUCAGUUUAAACCCUGUACCCUGUAAUGAACCUGCACAUCUCAGAUUGAAGGAUUUCCAGAAAGAAGCGAGCCAGCUGACUCUGGAGAUUGAUUCUGUUCUUUCAUCAUGCUCAAAUAUUCUUGUAUCUGAUUUGGAGGCCUUGUACUCCAAGACUGUAGAUUGCCCCAUCUACAUCGAAGAAAGUGAAGAAUUGUUGAACAAGUUGUCGUCAGUUAAGGCUUGGGCUGAAAGAGUAAGGAAAUGCGUGUCUGAGACUUCUGCAAGAGUUGAGGCAGAUAUUGUCUACAAAUUAGAGAAGGAGAGUUUAAGCCUUCAAGUGCAACUUCCUGAAGGUGAACUGCUCCUAGAUUUAAUUAGACAAGUUGAAUGUUGUCAAUCUCAGUGCCGUGAUCUGUUGGAAGGUUCUCUCAGUCUCAAGGAACUUGAAUUACUUCUCAACAAAUGGGAUGGUUUGGCGGUUAAUAUUACAGAGCUUGAACUUCUAAGACAAUAUCAUAAAGAUGCUAUGUCUUGGAUAGCGCGUGCUAAUCAUGCUCUAUUGGGCAUCAGCGAAAGGGAGGAUCAAGAAACUGUAUUUGGCGAGUUAACUUGCCUUCUAAAGGAUGCGUCUUUGCUUAAAGUUAAAGUGGAGGAGCUGCCUUGUUUGGAUGUUGAGCUAAAGAAGGCUGGUUGUAGGGUAAAAGCUCUGAAGGCACUUCGUUGCAAAAUGUCCAUGGAUUAUAUUGAGCAGCUGUUGAUGGAGGCUAGCAUAUUGCAGAUUGAGAAAGAGAAGUUGUUUGCUGAUGUUUCUGAGGUAAAAGCGAAUGCUGUAGUUUGGGAGGAAAGUGCCAGGCGCGUCCUUGUAAGCAAGGAACAAAUAUCUGAAUUUGAGGAUGUUAUAAGGGCUUCCGAGGAGAUAUUUGUGAUUCUGCCUUCUCUUGAUGAAGUCAAGGAUGCGGUAUCAAUUGCGAAGUCUUGGUUAUCUAGGUCACAGCCCUUUUUAUCACGUGACUCCAUGGCACUUGGUUCAAGUCCUCUUGAAGUAGAGACUUUGAAGGAAUUGGUAUCAGACUCUAAGCUUUUGAAGCUAUCUUUGAGAGAACAACUGAUGAUUCAAACAUUGCUUGAUACUUGCACCAGGUGGGAGCAGGAUGCCUGCUCUGUGUUGUAUGAUACAAAGUGUCUGUUGAAUGUCGAAAAUAUAGAUGAUGAAAUAUUGAUCAGACAUGGCAAAAGUGAAAAGCAAAUACAAGCCAUAGACUCGGUUGUAGAAGCAGGUCAAGGUCUUGGUUUCAAGUUUGAUUUGGUUCCUAAACUUCAAGAUGCUUGUUAUACACUUCGUUGGUGCUUUAAGGCUCUAUCUUUUGCUACUGCAAUUCCAACACUUGAGGUAAUUAAUUGUCACAUGUGUCAGUUUUCUUUUCCACCUAAAGGGAGAUACGAUCUGGACACUGAUAUGUUGUUUCUGCUUCUUCUCAAUAUGGCUGUUGUGAGAAGGCACGUGAGAAAAUAUGUUAUUGAUAUUGGAUGAUAAAUACAAUACAAGAGGUCCCUAUUUAUAGCUAUACACUACAAGGAGA